UAUACACGUCCCAAAAUAUUGUCUCCUGCUUCAGGCUGAGGCUGUAUAUGUGCGAAAACGUAAGAUUGCUUCUUUUCGUUCUCGGUUGUAGAUUUAAUCUGCCCGUCCGUUAAUCCCAAAUAACCGCUUGGGCCGACCCACACAAUAGCCGCCACUCCAAAGCUCUGUCAGUGGUCAAGGUCCUGCCAGAGAAAAGAUUGUCAAGCUGUUGCUUUGACAAGAAGACAUUCCUCACAUUGUUUUACCAGCCUUACAAAGGAAGACCUUCUUUCGAGGCCGUCGCUGAAAGUGUUUGUACUGAGACACCAAAAAUAUUUCUGCAUUUGGACGCUGCUUCUCCACCGGUUUGGCAUCGAUUCUCCAUCGCAAUGGAGGCAGAAAUCCAAGCACAGAUUCCCGGCAUUGACCAUGUGAUCUCCGAAUACUCAGUGGGCUAUCUGGCUCAUGCAUCAAAGGCCUAUGUCGAAGAUGUAAAUGCUCCGUCUCCGCUUUCCGAAGCAGCUGAUAUGGUCACGGAACUUUUGCUCUCUGCGUCAGGAGACUUCUCCCCCGAGAAUGAGAAGGCCAUUCGAAACCUCGUUGAAAAAUUCAUUUCUUCACUCGGCGCGUCCGAUGGAGUGGAUGCAGAGCGCAGACAGAUGCCCUUCACUGCUAAAAAGCUUGACCAGGCAAUCAACGUCGGGUCCCAGAAGAAUAUUUCCUCGACUCUGGGUCUUGCCGGAGGCAACGUCGAUCUAGAGUCUGCUAACGCUAGGAAAGUGGAGUCUCGCGUCGAUCGCAAGAAAUUAGAGAAGGCCGAACGCAAGAUUCGUGCUAAGCAGGAAAAGAAGCAGAUGAAGACGGUACAGUAUGAAUCCUCUCGUCUACUUAACCAGCCCGAUAGCGCUAUGUCUUAUGAGGAAUUCUUUAUGGCCGUCAAUCCUCUUCAACUGGGCUCUGACUCUCAGUCGAAGAGUAAGGACAUCAAGGUUGACAGUAUUGAUAUCUCUGUUGGAGGGCACCGUAUUUUGACUGAUGCUUCAUUGACUUUGGCUUAUGGGCGACGCUAUGGUCUGGUGGGUCAGAACGGUAUCGGAAAGAGUACUCUUCUGCGCGCGCUAAGUCGACGUGAAGUGGCGAUUCCCAGCCACAUCUCGAUCUUGCAUGUUGAACAGGAAAUCACGGGUGAUGAUACUCCUGCUCUUCAGGCAGUUUUGGAUGCCGAUGUCUGGCGCAAGCGCCUAUUAGCCGACCUAGAGAAAAUCACCAAACAACUCGCCGAGAUUGAAGCGGAAAGAUCGUCAAUGGCCGACACUUCAAAGGAUGCUGCUAGACUUGACCACGAAAGGGAGGGUUUGGAUAUCACCUUAAAUGAUAUUCAUGCAAAGCUUGCAGAGAUGGAGUCGGACAAGGCCGAGUCCCGUGCUGCUAGCAUUCUGGCCGGCCUUGGCUUUUCAUCCGAGAGACAGCAAUUUGCAACAAAGACAUUCUCAGGUGGUUGGCGGAUGAGAUUGGCCCUGGCUCGGGCACUUUUCUGCGAGCCGGAUCUGUUAUUGCUGGACGAACCGUCCAACAUGUUGGAUGUGCCUUCCAUCACUUUCUUGUCCAACUAUCUGCAGACCUAUCCCAGCACCAUCCUCGUGGUUUCUCAUGACCGUGCUUUCUUGAACGAAGUAGCUACGGAUAUCAUGCAUCAACACUCUGAGAGACUCGACUACUACAAGGGGGCCAAUUUCGAUUCUUUUUACGCAACCAAGGAAGAGCGGAAGAAGAACGCGAAACGUGAAUAUGAGAAGCAAAUGGCCGAGCGCGCGCAUUUGCAAGCAUUCAUCGAUAAAUUCCGCUACAAUGCCGCCAAGUCGUCUGAGGCGCAAUCCAGGAUCAAGAAAUUGGAAAGAAUGCCCAUCCUGGAAGCCCCAGAAAGUGAUUAUGUCGUUCACUUCAAAUUCCCUGACGUCGAGAAGCUUUCUCCCCCAAUCGUACAGAUGACGGAUGUCUCCUUUGGAUAUACGAAGGACAGACCGCUUCUCAAGAAUAUCGACCUCGAUGUGCAACUCGAUUCUCGUAUCGGCAUAGUCGGUCCUAACGGUGCGGGUAAAACAACUGUCCUCAAGUUGCUAACAGCCCAACUUCAGCCGACAUCUGGUUUUAUGUCGCAACACGCCAGGUUGCGUAUCGGUUAUUUCGCACAGCACCACGUGGAUGCCUUGGACUUGACGACGAGCGCAGUGAGUUUCAUGGCAAAGACCUAUCCAGGAAAGACAGAUGAGGAAUAUCGGAGGCACCUCGGAGCUUUCGGCAUUACUGGAAUGACUGGGCUCCAGCGCAUGGAGCUCUUGUCUGGAGGUCAAAAGUCCCGUGUUGCCUUUGCCUGCCUCUCUUUGACGAACCCCCACAUAUUAGUCCUAGACGAGCCCUCUAAUCAUCUGGAUAUCGAAGGUAUGGAUGCGCUAUCUGAAGCUCUACAAAACUUUGAGGGUGGUGUAGUGAUGGUCUCACACGAUGUGACCAUGCUUCAAAAUGUUUGCACCAGCUUGUGGGUUUGCGACAAGGGCACCGUUCACAAGUUUGAUGGCACCGUGAAUGCCUACAAGAAGUUGAUCAGUGCUCAAGCUAAUGAAGCCGGAGUAGCUGCUCCUCACUAAGGUGAGAGGCAUGACGUGAUCGGGUUCAAUUAGCUCUAGACCGGGAGAAACAUUAUUGCCGCGCCUGUGUACAGCACAUGGUUCUGAAUUGGUAGAACUCUCAAAAUGUUUUAGCCCACCUGUUUCUCCUAUGGAAACAUAUAUAACUAUAUACUACUCAUAUAUGCUAACUUAC